ACCGACUUCUGCCUCAGUUCUGUGUCACAAACUCACAUUCAGUGAUCAUGGCAUCAACAGGAACUUUGAUUUGGAUUUUCUCUCUAGCAGCCGUGUGCGUUACUGCAUCUUCAAAUGACACCGUCAAGAACUGCACCUCCCAAACUCCGCUCUUUGAGCGUCUAUCGGCUGAUGUGAAGGAGGCAGCAGAGAGCGGUGAGAACCUGCCGCCUGGAUGGAGUUCUCAGCAGUCAGCUGCACUCAUGGGCUCCAUGAGGCAUCUGACGGAUAUACUUCACAAACACCAGCUGAAAGACUGUCAACUUGCUGAGCCAAAGCUAUGUCCUGAAGCCCAGGUCCCUGAGAACGGAGGAUUGGUUUGUGUCACUGUCGACAACAAGCGCUACUGCAAACCUUUGUGCAACUACGGUUAUGAUUUUGGUUUCCUGAGGAGAAGUCGUUUGUUUGAUGUAUGCGGAAAUCAGACAAGAUACAAGUGGGACACUCAGUACGUCGGAGGAAACACACUGGCUGUGUGCAAUGCGGCGACGAUUCAAAUUUCUGGAGCACAGUCAGCGUAUUUUCCAAAAGAUCGGGACUGCCUGACAACCAAGAGCCAGCUGCAGGACAGCUUCUUCAAUAGUGCUGUCGCUGAGCUGAGGAGCAAAGGAAUAGAGGGAGAUACGCACGACUCCUGUCUGGUCUGUGGAUAACCAUGAUGUGGAAAACCAAUAAAAGAAAUAAAAUUGAGUGAGUGCUGGGGUGUUAAAGUUCCAAGUUCCAUAGAUGUUUCAAGUUGUAGACAUGGUAGGUCCACUGCGUAAUGUUUCUUACAAACAAACAGAAGAAAAGGGAUGAAAACACAAGCUCGUAUUUGGACUUUAUUUAAUUUAAGUGAUAGAAAAACAGAAAGAAGCAGCAAAUCCUCAAAUAACUGAAAACAUGAAACCAGGGAAUUUAUGAAAUUGUUUAUUUUUUUCCUUCCUUGUCCUACUUAGACAAAUAAAUCAGAUUUAAGGGUGGCACUGAAGACAUUAAACAAGGCAAUGACUGCUGCAUCAGAUCAGAGUCGGGUUUCAACAGACAGACGUGGUCACUUGAUUAAACUCGAUUUAUCUGCACAAAUAAUCUGCAUCUACAUUUGAUAAAUGUCGAAGAAGUGUCUGACUGCUGCCUCCUCUGCUCUGGGUCUGACUUCAUUUCACUAACAGCCACUCACCAUUAUUUGGGCGACUAUUAGUAAAAUGAGCCUGAUGGCAAGAUGUGGACGAGUGCAGCAGUUAAAAUGAGGUUAACCACUGCACCCUGUCUGCUCUCUCAGCUUUUUCCAACACAUCCAGACGUUGCUCGCUGAGGUCAAGGUUAAAAAGUCACAACGAGAACGCAGGUUCUCAUUAGGUGGCCGUUGACGUUCCACUCAUUGCAUUAAGAAUCACUUCAAUCAGAGAGAAAGUGACCCGCAGGACGACCCUCUCAUUUAGACGAAUCAUCAACUACUGAAAUAUCUCAGUGGACUGAGAGACUAAUGGUGAUACACUGUGAUGUCACACGUCUCCCAUUAGGUGGCAGCAGAUAAUCUUCUCUUCUCAUAAUGUUGCUUUUUGCUAUAAUAAGGGAGUAUUAUCAUCUUUUAUUCACUCUUUUCCUUUACUUUCUACUUUAUUAUAUUAUUGUACUUCUCUUCAUGUUCUUCUUUUUUAUUGCACAGCCCAUUGCACUGGUUUAGUUAAAGGUGCUUUACAAAGAAACCCGAUUUGAGAUGAUUCAGACAGGGUUUAAUCCUAAUCUUAAUUUACUACUUAAAAAUACAUUCAACAGAUUGCCUGUGGAGUUUAAAUGUGAUCAAUGUGUCCUUUUAAUUUUUACUGUCAACACAUUAUUUUAUAUCCUUGUCCAACAAACAUGUAUUUCUUUCCUCAUCAAUGCUAUUAACUGUAGAAUAAUAUUAUAAUAAUGUAUAAUUAGCAAUUUUUAGUUUUGGAAUGAACACAGGAUUAACACAUGCACUUCUGUGUCCACAAGAAUCUGGCAAUAGAUUCAGUUUUUGCCAUUUCAACAGUGAGAAUUUGAAUCAGGACUAAUAUUCUAUUGUGUUUUUUUAAUUGAAAUUUAAUUCAGAGUCAUUGUUUCAAUCGAAAUCGACAAUAUUAAAGGAAAUGUAUAUUUGCUUAUCUAUGUUUACACACUGCUGUUUCAGAGCCUCUAUUAUUGUAUUGUUAGUGUUUGUACAGCAGAGGGCAGUAUAUAUUUACUAUUUGAAAGUUCCCUUUAUAUGAAACCACUUAUGACACAGACACAAAAACUUUAUCUGUGUGUGUAUUUGUGUUUAUUUUUAACUAUUGUACAAACUGUUGUAAUGCAAAAUGUGAUAUUUCACAUUUCAACUGUUUCUAUUUCAAGAUAGUAACAUUGUUGUUCAUGUGUUUUUGGGUUGAAAGUAAACAAGCAGAAGAGAAACGAUUUUACUGAAAUGUUGUUUUAGUUAUCUGGUAACAGCGAACAUAACUUUAAAGAUUAACAUGUCAGAAUGAAACUUACUGUUGAAACUCCUAAAAACUUAAAUUGAAAAGCAAACAAUCCUCACAAAGACUAAAUGUAUACCUUUUAUCCAGCGGGUUUAGUUAAGAAUGUGGCUGUUUGCUCCUUUCUGUCCUCUUUCUUAUAGUUGUUCGUUCUUUUAACCAAAGACACAAUGAGUGAACGGGUGUUAACCUUCUUGCUUCAUCGCUCUAACGCUGCUCAGUUCUCUGGCUGCUCUCCAGCUUCUGCAAAUAAUGAAAAGAGAAACUGAGUGAGAGACGACAAAGAAACACUUCAGACUGAGGUUUGGACAUGAAUGAGUUUUGAACUUUCGUUACCUAUGGAAAUAUCACAAAAAAGAAAAACAACUUUGUGCUCCACCUGAGCUGCUUUUGUCUGACUAAUCCUGGACAUAAAAGACUGUGUCUAUCUGAACUACACUUGAAGUCAAGACAUUUGCAUCACACAGACACUUACGGUCUGAAGGAUCUGGAUUUCUGAGCCGAGCGUCUCUCGCAGAAGCUCCACUUCUCCUUUUUUAUGCAUCUCCAGCUCCUGCCUCAGUCUGGUGAACAAAUGAAACCAGCUUCAAUUACUGAAGUUGUGGACGGAGAAAGCGUAUCAAAGAAAUUCAGCUACUUCACUCAUACCAAACUAAAGGAAGCUAAAGCGUAUUGUUAGUAUUCCUGCUUACGACACAGACUGCCCCUGCAUGCAAGAGACGUGACACGAUCAUACUCACAGUAGUUGAUAUUUAUUUUAAUAGAUUUCCCCCUAAAGUCUGGUUUGAAAUAGUUUGAUUUAAUAAAAUGUGCAUUCAGAGGGAUGUGUUAUGAGAAUACAUGCAACAGAAAUACAUUAGGUUUUACAAAAACAACUUCAUGCUCUAGAAGCCAAAAUUUGGACGAGGAUAAGAUAUGGGGUUCUGAUAUUUUCUCACUGUCGCAUCUUUCUUUAAAUUUGUAUUUAAAUAAAGGUCACAAAUCGGA